CCGGUAAUUUAAUUUGUACUCUGUCCAAGUGUAGUUUAUUUGUCAAAGCGAAGAAAAUAAAUACGUCGAUUUUAUCAAUUCUCAGGCGAUUUGUACAAUCUAACGGUGCAAGAGAAACGUUCCUUUAGCAAGUCCGUGUAUGACUUGCAACAAAAUGCGCAAGUUAUUUGUUUUAUUCCUGGCUUUCGCCGCUGCAUGCGCCAGUGGGAUUACCAGGGUGCCGCUGUAUCGCAUGCAAUCGGUGCGCAAACACUUUCACGAAGUUGGUACGGAGCUGCAGCAGGUUCGACUGAAGUACGCGGUCUCGGGACCAGCGCCUGAACCGCUUUCCAACUACCUCGAUGCGCAAUACUAUGGACCAAUUUCCAUUGGUAACCCACCGCAGACUUUCAAGGUCGUAUUCGAUACUGGCUCCUCAAACCUAUGGGUGCCUUCCAAGAAGUGUCAUUUCACAAAUAUUGCCUGCUUGUUGCACAACAAGUACGACAGCAGCAAGUCGCGGUCCUAUGUGAAGAAUGGCACGUCCUUCGCCAUACACUACGGCUCCGGCAGCCUCUCCGGAUACCUCUCGCAGGAUGACGUCACCGUGGGAGGUCUGACGGUGCGCGGGCAGACGUUCGCGGAGGCGCUGUCGGAGCCCGGCCUGGCUUUCGUCGCAGCCAAGUUUGAUGGCAUCCUCGGCAUGGCAUUCAAGAGCAUCGCAGUGGACGGCGUGACCCCAGUGUUUGACAACAUGGUGACACAGGGUCUUGUGCAGCCUGUCUUCUCCUUUUACCUCAACAGGGACCCGAACGCGGCGCAGGGCGGGGAGAUAAUCCUGGGCGGGUCAGACUCGGCGCACUACCGCGGCAACUUCACCUACGUGCCAGUCCAGCCCACCUACUGGCGCUUCCGCAUGGACAGUGUCUCCCUCGCUGGACAGACAUUCUGCGCCAAGGGUUGUUCAGCAAUAGCUGACACAGGCACCUCGCUGAUUGGUGGCCCCGUGUCGGAGGUAGCGGCGCUGAACCGCGCGCUGGGCGCCACACCCAUCGCCUUCGGACAGUACGCGGUCGACUGCGCCCUCAUACCCAAACUGCCCAGAGUACACUUCUCUCUGGGAGGAAACACCUUCGGACUGGACGGCACUGAUUAUAUACUAAGGGUAUCUCAGUUCGGUAAGACGGUGUGCCUGUCAGGCUUCAUGGGUCUGGACAUCCCGCCGCCCAACGGCCCGCUGUGGAUCCUCGGCGAUGUCUUCAUCGGCAAGUACUACACGGAGUUUGACGUCGCCAACAAGAGGCUCGGCUUCGCGCCCGCCGUGUGAACACACACGAAACACCGGACAGACAUCAACAUACAUCAUGGAACUUUUAUCAUUUGUAGCCAAGUUUUAAAUAUGGAGAUAAGUAUUGUUUUAUUU